UGUGCCUCGAGUCACUCGACUUAACUUCUGUUUAAUUAAUUUCGAUUUAUUAUUGAUUUAAGCUUACUAAAUUGGCAUUAGCCAUGUUUUCCAUAGAUCUGAAGAGUCUGCUGCUAAUGUCCAAGUCGACAAAUGUGGUGCUGCAGCGACGCAAGCUUUUUGUUGUGAGCGGCAAUUUGAGCAUCCUAGUCUACUAUGAACUCUAUGAUGGCCAGCUAAAGGUGCGUAAUGCCAAGCGCUUGCCCAGUAACAAGUGUGGGCGUGGCAGACGCCUGCGUCGGUAUCGUCGCACAUUACAGCAUCAAGCGCUGAGUACGCAGCACAUGGCAAUGCGAGAUGCUGGCAAUCAAACCAGCGCCAAUUGUGGCACAAUGGUGUCUGCAGCCGACUUCUUGACCAGCCGCGCUGAUGUGUCCAGCCAGACGGCGCGCAUGGAGCACAGCGUGCGUGUGGACACGCAAGAUUUGACAAUGAUGAUCUCGCGGUAUCAGCAGACCAGCUCGCGGGAAUAUCAGAGCGAGUGCAGUCAAACAAAAAGCUGCAAGCUGUGCACAAGCGCCACGCAAAUGGAGCUCGUGAUGGCCAAGUGCAAGUUCACACAGACAAAAGGUUGUUGCAGUCAUGCAAGCAGCACACAAACAGAGCUAUUGCUUACGCUGGAAAAUAGCGCCACACAAACAGAUGAGAUGGAGGACAGAGCGGUGCAGGAGCUGGUGGUGAUGAGUCCAUAUGAGUCCUUGUUUAAGUUGAUGCUCAACUCCAUACAGGGACAGAGUGAGCUGCUGGCGGGCGCUGUGGAUUCGGUGCGGCAGCUGGUGGAGCUCAAGCAGCUGGGCUUGAAGAAGCAGCGUUUGGAGCGUUUGUGUGCCGUAGAUGCGCUGGCCAGAGCGACAAUCAAGUCGCCUCCUGCCAGUGAAGUCUGCAGCGAGCUGCAGCGGAAGCGCAAGCUGUUGCUGCGACGACGCACCGCACAGCGAGGCAAGCAGCGUGGCAAGCAUUGUCGUUGCCGCAACUUGCAUCGCAGUCGCGUUCGUCCAUCGCGGCUGGAAUCUGCAACCCAAACCCCCAAUUGCUGCUACAGCUGUCAGAGCACACAAACAGAGCUAGAGCUAUCCUGCAUUGCCACACAAACCGAACGCGAUAAGGCAGCGACGCAGUGGUGGCGACGCAACAGUCAAAGUUCCCAAAAAAAAUAACAAAAAACAGCAAAACUCACCCAAGCC